AUGAUGCUCUCGUGGGCAGAUGUUAAGCAGCGCAAUAGCCGCAAGUCUUGCUGGUUAGCCAUCCACGGUGCCGUGUAUGAUGUGACGGACUUCUUGGAUUCGCACCCCGGUGGCGCAAAUGUAAUAUUGCGCUGCGCAGGCAAGGAUGCGACCGGCGAGUUUGACUCGGUUCAUUCACCUGAAGUCCUAACUGAGGCACUACCAAGCAGUGCUUUAAAAGGUCAUAUCAACCCGGCCCGAGAUCCAGAUGCCUCGCUUAGUGCCGAGGGCACCUCGAAAGAGCCAGAAACCAGGCCAGCAGACAGUGGGCCUCCACCAUUAGGCACACUCAUCAACUUGCAUGAUUUCGAACAAGUGGCCCAGAAAUAUCUGCCUGCAAACGCAUGGGCCUAUUACUAUUCCGGGGCCGACGAUGAGAUCAGCAAGCGGAACAAUGCCAAAGCAUAUCAAAAGGUUGCUUUACGACCACGAAUCCUGCGCAAUAUUCCCAAUGUGGACACCAGUACUUCGGUACUUGGUCACAAAGUAUCACUUCCGGUGUAUAUUUCACCCGUGGGAAUUGCCAAGCUCGCACAUCCACAUGGCGAAUGUGCCUUAGCUGCAGCCGCAGGCAGGGAGGGCUUGGCCCAAGUCCUAGCCAAUGGCGCCAGCAUGCCGAUUGAGCGGGUGAUGGAGGCUCGCACAUCCCCAGAUCAACCGCUGUUUGCUCAAGUGUAUGUUAAUCGGGAUAUAAAAAAAUCGGUGGAGACAGUUCGGCGAGCAGUGAAGGCAGGAGCCAAAGCAAUUUGGAUCACUGUUGACUCCCCAGUCGUUGGGAAGAGAGAGAUGGAUGAGCGGCUCAAUUUGAGCGUUUCGGCACAAGAUAGUGAUGCUCAAGGACAGGGCGUUGCCAAGAUUCUGGCGAGCUCGAUAUCUCCCUUCAUUGAUUGGAGCAUUCUUUCGUGGUUGCGCGAUCUGACGAACCUCCCAGUCGUAAUCAAGGGAAUUCAAUGCGUGGAGGAUGCGGUGCUUGCCUAUGAGCAUGGAGUGCAGGGUAUCGUGCUAUCUAAUCACGGUGGCCGCUCGCAAGACACUGCUCAAUCGCCGCUAUUGACCCUUCUAGAGAUCCGCAAAUUUGCACCGCACUUAAUAAAAAGCGAAAUGCAGAUAUUUAUCGAUGGUGGUAUUCGACGCGGGACCGAUGUGCUGAAAGCCAUUGCCCUGGGCGCCACGGCUGUUGGUUUGGGUCGACCUUUCCUAUUUAGCUUGUCAGCAGGUUAUGGAGAAAACGGAGUACGACGUAUGCUGGAGAUAUUGCGACAAGAGAUCGAGUCUAAUAUGGUGUUUCUUGGAGCUACUAACCUUCGUGAGCUGUGCCCGGAGAUGGUGAAUGCUAGUCGGUUGGAACGCGACAUGAUUGGAAGUGUCAAAUUGUAA